AGUGCUUGCAGUCUGUCGUCUUUCAAUAUGAGUUACAAUGUUCUUAUUACAGGCGGAUCCGGCUACCUUGGAGGCACCCUCCUCAAUCGUCUCCAAUCAGCCGGACUCCCGGCUCUUAAGCUUUACGCGCUGCAGUAUGGUGCUGAACCUUUGACAUUUGAUGCCUAUGAAGAAUCUGCUGUCAGAGAAGCAGUCCUCAAACAUGAGAUCAAUGUUGUGUUCUCACUCCAUGAUGCUUUCAAGGCAGAUAGUGCGGUCGCAUUUAUCAAAGCAUUGGCCGAGUUGGAAAACAACACUGGACGCAACAUCCAUUUCCUCCACACUACUGGAGCGAAAGCUUUCUCCUCGCACAUGGGCGCCCCAAUCGACAAGCCUUUCGCGGACAACGAUAACCUACAUGGCAUCCAUAAAGCACAACACCCUCCUAUCCCUUGUUUGCAGCCAUUGCUUGACACCAAUAUUACAGUGACUGAGCUCUCGGAAUCACUGGGCGUACAAGGCUAUGUCUUUGCGCCGUGUAUCGUUUAUGGCAAAGGAGAAGGCUUCGGCAACAAGAUCUCGAUUCAAACUGUUGCAGUUGUCGAUGCCGCCAAAGCAGCGAAGAAGGUCUACAGGGUAGAUCAAGGUCGUCCUACGUGGCCGGUAUGCCACAUUCUCGAUAACACCGCUCUUUAUAUCCAGCUUCUGCGCAACAUCGUAUCGGGCAGGCAACAGGGAUAUGGUAAGAACGGAUACUAUCUUGCAUCCCCUGGCAGCGUAGCAUGGGAAGAUAUCUACAGCGGUAUCGCCAGGGCGAUGUACAAGCAAAGGGCCAUUCAUGAUGACACCGUUCACCAAGCAGAUGGCGCCGCACUUGAAGAGAUGGCGCAGGGACUUGGUUGUGACAAAGCAAUGGUUGCUUUUCAGCUCGGUGGAGCGUGUUUGUUGACUGCAAAGCAUGGCGUCGAGAUUGGAUGGAAGCCAGAAUACGGACCCGAGCACAUUCUCUCAUCCUUGGACGAGGAGGUAGAUCUCAUUUUCCAGCACAAGAGUGAUUGGGCCUUUGCAUGCACCAUGACAGGCGUCUUUGAUCCGAGGCCAAUCUGCUUCCAGUACCUUUGCUCGUGA